AGUAGCUCGGUAUUGCCAGUCGUGCGUGGUUGGUUUCAGAUCUCAACUAUUCCUGCAAGAAAUACUCACAUAUGUGAAUCUUCCUGAUGCUCACCAAGCCGGGCUUUAUGUUAAGAAGAUGACAGUACAACGACGAGCUAAUCUGAAAAUCCCAGAUUUGAAUGGGAUCGAGAAGAAGAUUAAAAGGGGCAACGCUCUGAGGCAGGCGUCUUUGUGGAGGAGCAGUCGAGGCUCUCUGCUGCUGCUGCUGCUCCUGGUGGUGGUGUGCGGCGCUGCGGCCUGGCUGUACCUGGCCCCAGGUGACCCUGAUGUCACGGAGACGCUGGUUCGACAGGGCGAGGUGGUGAGCCCAGAGCCACGCGUCUACACUGUGGACUGCUCUGAGGACUAUGACAGCUACAAACGCUACCCUGGAUGCACUCCUCUCAGGUGUGGCCGAGCCGUAACAGACAGUGUGGUGACCAGGGAGGAGGCUCAGGUACUCCGGAGGUUGGCUGAGCGAGGUCUCGCCCUGGCGGGUUCAGAGGGAGGGGCCUCCAUCCUGGACCUGCAUUCUGGAGCUCUGUCCAUGGGGAAACAGUUUGUCAACAUCUACAGGUACUUUGGGGAGCAGGUCGGUGAGGUGUUCACCCAGGAAGAUUUUCAGCUCUACAGGGCGGUGCGUGGUCGUAUCCAGGAGGUGGUCGCCCAGGUGUUUGACUUGGAUCCUGCCCUGAUGUUCCUCACCAAGCCCACCUUCUUCUCCAGGAUCAACAGCAGCUCCGCCCAGACCCAGCACGAUGAGUACUGGCACCCUCACAUAGACAAGGUGACGUACGGCUCGUUUGACUACACCUCUCUCCUCUACCUGUCUGACUACGGCUCGGACUUCACUGGAGGUCGCUUCAUCUUCAUGGACUCCAACGGCAACAGGACAGUGGAACCACGUGCAGGGCGAGUGUCCUUCUUCUCCUCUGGUUCGGAGAAUCUCCACCGCGUGGAGAAGGUGUCGUGGGGCACACGCUACGCCAUCACGGUGUCCUUCACCUGUGACCCUGCACACGCCAUCGCAGACCCUGACAUGCCCCGAGACUAGGAACAGCGCCACCUGGAGGGGAGGGGAGGGGGGCACAGGUAUGAAUAAUCAGUGCCAAAGUAAACAGGGUUGAACACACACCGAUCCCCCCACACAUACCCACUCACACACUUCCAAAUUUCCCUUUGCUGUGUUUUUUAUAAGCAGCCAGUGUGUCGUCUCUGACCCUGGCUCAUUCCACAUGGUGUGCUGUCAAACACAGCUUCACACUGAGAUACCAACCGCUGGCAUCCUC